AACGCACAAAGAGAAGACAAGUUUUGCUUCUUAAAACAUCCUAAAAUUGUGCAGCACCCUUAUAUAUAGAGAACUACAACGUUUGAGUUAAACAUCUAUUGUAGUCCAUUCCAAUGGCAAAAACAAUUCACAUAGCUGUUAUUCCAAGUCCUGGUUUUAGCCACUUAGUCCCAAUAGUUGAAUUCACCAAAAGAUUAGUCACAAACCACCCAAAUUUUCAUGUCACUUGCAUCAUUCCUUCACUUGGUUCACCACCAGAUUCAUCAAAAUCAUACCUUGAAACAAUUCCACCAAACAUAAACUCAAUUUUUCUUCCACCAAUCAACAAACAAGACUUACCUCAAGGAGUACACCCAGGAGUUCUAAUUCAACUCACAGUUACACACUCUCUACCAUCAAUUCAUCAAGCCUUAGAAUCCUUAACUUCAAAAACACCAUUAGUUGCUAUAAUUGCUGAUACUUUUGCAUUUGAAGCACUAGAUUUUGCAAAAGAGUUCAAUUCUUUGUCUUACCUUUACUUUCCUUGUUCAUCUUUUGUACUUUCACUUCUUUUACAUUUGCCAAAACUUGAUGAAGAGUUUUCAUGUGAAUACAAAGAUUUACAAGAACCUAUAAAGUUACAAGGGUGUGUACCAAUCAAUGGUAUUGAUCUUCCAGCAGCAACUAAAGAUAGAUCAAAUGAAGGUUACAAAAUGUAUAUUCAACGUGCAAAAAGUAUGUAUUUUGUUGAUGGAAUCUUGAUCAAUAGCUUCAUUGAAUUGGAAUCAAGUGCUAUAAAAGCAUUGGAACUAAAGGGUUAUGGAAAAAUUGAUUUUUUUCCUGUUGGACCCAUUACACAAACAGGGUUAAGUAACAAUGAUGUUGGUGAUGAACUUGAAUGUUUGAAAUGGUUGAAAAACCAACCACAAAAUUCAGUUUUGUAUGUUUCUUUUGGAAGUGGUGGAACACUUUCUCAAACACAAAUCAAUGAGCUAGCUUUUGGUUUGGAAUUGAGUGGUCAAAGAUUCAUUUGGGUAUUGAGAGCACCAAGUGAUUCAGUUAGUGCUGCUUAUCUUGAAGCUACAAAUGAAGAUCCACUGAAAUUUUUACCUAAAGGGUUUUUGGAAAGAACAAAAGAAAAAGGUUUGAUUUUACCAUCAUGGGCACCACAAGUUCAAAUACUUAAGGAAAAGUCAGUUGGUGGAUUUUUAAGUCAUUGUGGAUGGAAUUCAGUUUUGGAGAGUAUGCAAGAGGGGGUGCCAAUAGUAGCUUGGCCUUUAUUUGCAGAACAAGCAAUGAAUGCAGUUAUGUUAAGUAAUGAUCUUAAAGUGGCCAUAAGGUUGAAAUUUGAAGAUGAUGAGAUUGUAGAAAAGGAUAAAAUUGCAAAUGUGAUUAAGUGUUUGAUGGAAGGGGAAGAAGGUAAGGCAAUGCGUGAUAGAAUGAAGAGUUUAAGAGAUUAUGCUACUAAGGCAUUGAAUGUCAAAGAUGGUUCUUCAAUUCAAACUCUCUCACACUUGGCUAGUCAAAUGGAAAUGAUUGGUGGGAUUUAGGAAAAAAAAUAUUUUUCUUAUUCUAUAAAGUUAUUUUGAUUUUGAUGUUCCUAGUAAGGUGUGUAUUGUUUGUUUCCUCAAUUUGCUUUUUCAUUUUUGUGGUCAUUGUAUUGCAUGGUUGUCACAAUCAAGUUUCAUAUUCAAUGUGUAAAGAAGGACAAAAUGGUUGUCAAUUGGAAAUGAAUUUUUUUCCCUCCACACAA